GAGGUUGGACUCGUCGCAGGGCGAGAACAUACUUGGAAGUUGGAAGUCGAGAGAGAAGCUUCCCAUCUCGAUUCCUUGCGCUUGCACCUUUGAAGCUGGGAAGCACCCGGAGACAGAGUUGAGUUCACUUCCUCCUCCGAGGAAAGGAAUCUAAAUCAUCUGCAGCCUCCUCCCAGUUUAUCUUUCCAAGCAAACAGAUUGUUGCUUAAUGAUUUUGCAACGUUUGCUAGCUGCUAAAUAGGUUAUACGAAUUAUUGUAGCGAAAUCACUGUGUCAACAUUAAGUCAGUGAAAGAAAGGCAAUAAUCUGCUCCCCCGACGAACCCAUCCUUAGAGUCUCAGCAAGAAGCGGUCCUUCGGUCCUGUAGACAGAUCGAUCAGCAACCUACCACUGCAACUGCCAGUUCAGAGCAUCUGACACCACCAAAUUUGAAUCUUUACUUCCCUUCGUGGAAGUCCCUGUCUCGUAUGUAUUGCACAAGAUAGCAAGAUCUUUAGAGGCCAACGAGUAUGAGCCUAUCGAAGGCCAUUGGGGUAAUUAGCUGCAUCAAUGAGUUUGGUAAUUUGUUCCAAUUGGUCAGAUCUGCUGUUUCAUAUAUGCGCUCCCAGUUGAGUGGAUCAGAGGAGAAACAACUUAAAGAAGAUGACGUACUGCAGGAGAAAAACCUUGAAGAAAAUGACGUAUUGCAGUUGCAGAGUGACCUUCGAUGCCUACGUGAUACUCUACCAGCAAUGUACAACCUUAUUGAUAGAGCAGAGUGGAAGAGCCAUGUACUCGGUGUUGAACAGCUCCUUCCAAAUCUCAAGGAUGCAGUGUAUGAUGCGGAGGACCUUCUGGAUGAGUUCAGAUGGCAUGAGCUCAAGGUGGAAAUUGAGGGCAAUGCAACCCAGCCAUCUCCUUUCAUGGACUUCUUUUACAUCAUCACUCAAGGAAGCUUCAACAAAGCGGCUGAUAUCUACAAAAGGCUGAGUAAUCUUUCUAGCCAGCUUGAGAAGAUGGGGUUGCAUGAGGGAACUCCACAAUUUGACAAAUCGCUCAGACCAGUGACCACUUCUUUCUGCACUGAGCCAAAGAUAUUUGGUCGUGAGAAGGAACUGGAGGAAGUGAUCAGAUUGCUUGGUGUACCGAGCUACGGCAGCAUGUCUUCUUUAAAACGGAAAAGAUCAUCUAAUGCGACCAACAACGACCAAAGGGUAGCAUUUGUUCCUAUUUUGCCAAUAGUUGGAAUUGGGGGCAUUGGAAAAACUACUCUAGCCCAAGAGAUCACCACCCUUCAAAGGGUCAAAUCCUACUUUGACAAAAUUAUAUGGAUUUGCAUCUCUGAUGAAUUUGAUGAGGAGAGGUGUACUAAAGUUCUCAUAAAAUCUCUAUCGGGUACAGAGGCAACAUCUGAUAAUUUAGACGAUCUUCAACAAAUUCUUGCUAGUGAAGUUGGAAAAAAGAGGUUCUUGCUUAUCCUCGACGACAUUUGGCCUAAUGCCUUGAAUGAUGAUGGAUGUUGUUGGAGAAAAUUUUGUGCACCUCUCACAAAUGUACUUCAGGGAAGUAUGAUGGUAGUGACCACAAGGUUUGCGGAGGUUGCUAAUAUAGUGGGCACAAUGGACUCAUUUGCAUUGGAAGGUUUACAAAAUGAUGUAUUUUGGCAGUUUUUCAAAUUGUGUGUGUUUGGGUCUGAGGAUUAUCAUAUUGAUCCACAGUUAGAACAGAUUGGAAGAAGCAUAAUUCCAAAGUUGAAGGGUGCUCCUUUAGCUGCAAAAACUAUUGGAAGGCUAUUACGAAAGAGCCUUGACCCUGCACACUGGAAUGAUAUACUAAACAGUGAAUUGUGGCAGCUUAGGCAACAAGAGAGUGAUAUUUUGCCAGCACUUCGAUUGAGCUACAUGUAUCUUCCUUUCAAUUUGAAGAGAUGCUUCUCAUUCUGUGCUACAUACCACAAAGAUUACAAUUUUGACAAAUCUAGCCUUGCUGAAAUUUGGGUGGCAGAAGGAUUUGUGGAACCUCAAGGAAGCAUCCCACUUCAACACAUUGGUGGUCAAUACUUUGAUGACCUUGUAAAUUUGUCCUUCUUUCAGAAUCUCCGUGGUAAGUAUGUAAUACAUGACUUGAUGCAUGACAUGGCACAACUAGUUUCGAAGGAGGACUGUUUCGUUAUAAAGAAUGCAAGUGAUAUGGAAAUGGUUCCACAAAAUGUUCGCCAUCUAUCAAUACUCGGAAGCUGCAAUGUUAACCUUUCAAAGUUAUUGAGCUUAUGCAAGCACAAAAAGCUGCGCACCCUACUUUGCAACAAGUCUUUAGGAAGUGACACUUUGUAUCCGGUGAUGGAUCGCUGGUUUAGUGGACUUCAGUACCUGCGUGUUUUUUUUUGUGCCUCCAUGAAGGGCCUACCAGAGAGUAUUGGUAACCUGAAGCAUCUUCGGUACCUUGAAAUCUCCAGAGGUUGUCAUUUUGACACAUUUCCUUCAUCAUUCUGUAGCCUCUAUAACUUCCAGAUUUUAUAUGCUAGGAAAUGCAAAUUCAGAAGUUUACCAAGAGGCUUCAGUAAGCUGAUCAAUCUGCAAAAGUUUGAAUCAAAAUUUUCCAGAAUAGAAGUUGAGGCUACAGUGCUGAAAGAGGAACUUAGUUUUAUUGAAAAUUUUAAUGAGCGUCCAAACGAUUUGACUAUAUUUAAUCUUGGUGCAAUAAGCAAGGAUGGUGCAGCAGAAGCCAAACUCAAGAAGAAAGAAUACCUGAAUAGUCUGACUCUGAGAUGGUCUUGUUUAAGAUGCCCAGAGCACAAUGAGCCAGAAGUACUUCAAGCUCUACAGCCUCCCACUAGCAUCAAGUCUGUGCGUAUUGUGGGUUAUCCAGGUGAAUAUCUUCCAAGCUGGUUCUGUGGUUGUGAUUUACCCGAGGCCAUGUCGUUUUCAAAGUUACCUGCAGCGACAGUUCACAAUAAUAAUAAUGGCGGAGCCAGGACCAUUUUCUCAUUAUUAACGGAGGUAAGCAUUACAGGGUGCCAAAACUUAUCAAGCCUGGAACAAUUUCUACAUCCAACAACUUUUGUACCGGCCAUCAGAAAAAUAGUUAUUGCAGAUUGCGCAAGUGUAAAAUCAAUACCAAUUGAAUGGUCCCCUUCCCUUGAAGAAAUAAGAGUCUCCAACUGUCCAAAAAUGACACAUCUUUCGGCCCCAUGCGUAAAGAAGCUCAAACUCUAUGAGACUUUUGGAUUCAACAUUGAUUGUAGCUCCCUCACCUUCUUGCAUAUAAAUUCCUCCCAGCUGCCAUCCAUUGAACUAGAAAAGUGGAGACUUCCAGUACUACAGAGGCUCCACAUUGGUUGCGAAUGUUUGAAAUUUAUUAGAGAAUUUGAACACAUAUCCACAGGCCUUUCCCUUGGCUUGGCCAGAGCCAGAAGUAGCACUGCAAAAUUCCCAUUACUCACUCACCUAAUUAUUGAAUACUGCAGAAAGCUGGAAAAUAUUGAU